GGUAUGGAGGGGACCCAGAAGGUGUGGGUGACCGAUCAGACCCAUGGCUUCAUCUUGGGCAACAUCACAGACCUCACCAGCGAAGGGGUGACGGUGCAGCCAGUGGCCAGAGGCAGCAAACCUGUUGCAGUCGACUAUGAGAGAGUUUAUCCUGCUGAAGAAGAUGACUCCAAGGAUGUGGACGACAACUGUGCCCUUAUGUACCUCAAUGAAGCUACGCUUCUCAACAACGUUAAAUUACGAUAUAGCAGAGACAAAAUUUAUACAUACGUGGCUAACAUUCUCAUAGCAGUUAACCCUUAUUUUGAAAUUCCUAAAUUAUACUCAUUAGAUACGAUUAAGAACUAUCAAGGCAGAUCCCUGGGGCAGAUGCCUCCGCAUGUCUUUGCGAUAGCCGAUAAAGCCUUCAGAGACAUGAAAGUUCUGAAGGAAUCCCAAAGCAUAAUUGUGUCUGGAGAGUCAGGUGCUGGUAAAACUGAAUCCACCAAGUACAUUCUGCGAUAUUUGUGUGAAUCCUGGGGUUCCAAAGUUGGACAUUUGGAGCAGAAGAUUUUGGAUGCUAACCCAGUCCUGGAGGCCUUUGGUAAUGCUAAGACAACGCGUAACAACAACAGUUCCAGGUUUGGUAAAUUCAUCGAAAUCCACUUCAGUGAACGGCACUCCGUAGUUGGAGGCUUCAUUUCCCAUUAUUUGUUAGAGAAGUCUCGAAUUGUGGUGCAGGGCCCACAGGAACGUAACUAUCAUAUAUUCUAUCAGCUUUGUGCUGGAGCCCCUGAACAGCUGAAGCAGCAGUUGCAGCUUGGCAAUCCUGAUCAGUUCAAUUAUUUGAAAAAAGGUUGUACACAGUAUUUCCUCAACAAGGACACAGAGACGUCACUUCCUGCAAGCAGUAAAAGUGCAGCACAUCAGAAGAAAGGUUCCUUAAAGGAUCCUAUCCUUGAUGAUGUCAGAGACUUUAACAAGGUAGACAAAGCCCUUGGUAACUUAGGCCUUAACAAUGGGGAAAGGCUUGCUAUCUAUACAACUGUGGCAGCUGUUCUACACUUAGGAAAUAUCAAAUUUGAGGAAAAUCCAGAUGAUACCAAAGGAGGGUGUAUGGUGUCUCCAGGGUGUGAGAACUCCUUGAAAAUGGCAGCUAGUUUGAUGGGUGUAGAUCCUAUGGAACUGAACCAGGCGUUGCUUUCUCGUGUAAUGCAGACCAGCAAAGGCGGUUUAAAAGGGACAGUUAUUAUGGUUCCCCUCAAAACUUAUGAAGCUACGGGUGCUCGUGACGCUUUGGCAAAAGCUAUGUAUAGCAAACUUUUUGACUACAUUGUUCAUAGAAUCAAUCAGAGUAUUCCAUUCUCAUCAUCAUCAUAUUAUAUUGGUAUUCUGGAUAUUGCUGGGUUUGAAUAUUUCCCUGUGAAUAGCUUUGAACAAUUUUGCAUCAACUACUGUAAUGAGAAACUUCAGAUGUUUUUCAACGAACGUAUAUUGAAAGAAGAGCAAGCUCUUUAUGAGAAGGAAGGUCUGGGAGUUAGGAAGAUCUCCUAUGUUGACAACCAAGACUGUAUUGAUCUGAUCGAGGCAAAAGGCUGUGGUAUAAUUAGUCUUCUAGAUGAAGAAAGCAAGCUUCCUAAGCCCUCUCACACUCAUUUUACGGCAGCAGUCCACAACAAUCACAAUAAUCACUUUCGCUUAGCACUACCUCGCAAGAGCAAACUACGGGACCACAGGGAAAUCAGGGAUGAUGAAGGUUUCCUUGUUAGACAUUUCGCUGGUGCUGUGUGUUAUCAGACGGCUCAGUUUCUAGAGAAGAACAACGACGCUCUCCAUGCAUCCCUUGAAGCUUUGGUGCAGGAGGCACAAAACAAAUUUAUCCAGGGCCUCUUUGCAUCUUCAGGGGAAUCUCAUUCAGCUAGGGGGAAACUCUCCUUCAUAUCAGUUGCUUCCAAAUUCAAGUUACAAUUACAAGAACUCAUGAAUAAGCUAGCAAGUACGGGUACAAACUUCAUUAGGUGUAUCAAGCCAAAUGUGAAGAUGGUAGACCAUGAGUUUGAAGGCGGUGCUAUUCUGUCACAACUACAGUGCUCGGGAAUGACUUCAGUUCUUGAGCUCAUGCAGCAAGGUUUUCCAUCUCGUGCACCAUUCCAUGACCUGUAUAAUAUGUAUAAGAAGUAUCUUCCAGCAGAACUUGCACGCCUAGAUCCACGUCUUUUCUGCAAAUCACUUUUUAAGGCCCUUGGUUUAGAUGAUCGGGACUUCAAGUUUGGUAUGACUAAAGUCUUCUUCCGACCGGGUAAAUUUGCUGAAUUUGAUCAGUUGAUGAAGAGUGAUCCAGAAAAUCUAAGGAUGCUGGUGUCCAAAGUCAAGACAUGGUUGAUGCAGAGCAGAUGGAAGAAGGCCCAGUGGUGUGCUCUGUCCGUUAUUAAAUUGAAGAACAAGAUUCUGUAUCGUCGUGACCAGCUCAUCAUCAUCCAGAAGAAUGUAAGAAUGUACAAUGCAAAGAAAAGAUAUCGCCCUCGUUAUAUGGGAGUGCUUAAGAUCAAGGGCUUGCAGGGUCAGCUUACACAGAUGUUGGGCAUAGUGAAUCAGCUGAAGAAGGAAAGAGAGUCCUCAUUAGCUUCUGUCAACAAAAUUCAAGCAUCCAUGGAUUCAGUAAUAAAGAAAAUCAGGACCACAUCCAUGACAAGACAGCAAAUAGAUCACGAGUAUAAUACUUUGGUAAAUUCGAUGAAUAGUGAGCUGGCUAUCUUGCACAAGAAACUCACACAACAGAAGAAUGCAGAGGAGCAGGAGAGGUUACGAAAAAUUCAGGAAGAGAUGGAGAGAGAACGGCAGAAGAAGAAGGAAGAGGAAGAAAGGAGGAGAAGAGGAGGAUGAGGAGAUCAGAAGAAGAAAUCAGAAAUGGAGCUGCGCAGGAAACAAGAGGAGGAAAUUCGGCGUAAACAAGAGGAGGAGGAUCGUAAGGCCGCUGAAAUGUUGCAGGUUCAACUGGAGAAGGAAGCAAGAGAGACUGAGCAUCUUGCCCAGUUAGAAGAGCAAGAGAGGAGUCAUGAACUUGCACUUCGUCUAGCAAAUGAAAACAAUUCUGCGUGGGAUGACAUCACUCCUUCUCUUAAAAGGUUAAUAAACAAGGAAGCAGCGAAUUUAUUGAAGUGAAAAAGAUUACCAUGGUUAGAGAAGCAACGGCAGGCUGCAGCCAACAAGAAACACGAUCUCAGCAAGUGGAAAUAUGCAGAACUCAGAGAUACAAUUAAUACAUCCUGUGAUCUUGAAUUAUUAGAGGCAUGUCGUGAAGAAUUCCAUCGCCGAUUGAAGGUUUACCACGCAUGGAAAGCAAAGAACAAGAAGCGCACUACCAUGGAGGAGAAUCAGCGUGCUCCAAAAUCUGUACUAGAUGCUGCAAAGUCCAUGCCACCUCGAGUAACUCCGAAACCUGCAGGUCCAGCAAAUAAUGAUGCUCAGCGCUUCUUUAGAAUUCCUUUCGUAAGACCAAGUGACCAGCACCGAGGUGAUCAGCAACAGAAGGGCUGGUGGUAUGCUCAUUUCGAUGGGGAUUGGAUUGCCAGGCAGAUGGAGCUCCAUCCAGAUAAGCCUCCAAUACUCCUUAUUGCAGGUCGUGAUGACAUGCAGAUGUGUGAACUUAGUUUAGAAGAGACUGGACUUACUAGGAAACGUGGUGCUGAAAUUCUUGACCAAGAGUUUGAGAAGGAAUGGUCACGUCAUGGUGGUAAGCCAUACCAGCGGGCAAACAAUAGGCGACGAUGAAAAUAAGUAGAUUCCCAUAUUAAUAAAAUUAACUGUAAAUUUUCCAAAAUGGUUAACUGUAAAUUUUAUCUUUUUGGAAGAUGGAGAUAUAUAAAAUUGUUGUGAUUCAUUGAUAUAGACUAUAUUGGGACAUUUUAAAUUGUUAUCUCAACGAAUGUAGUUUGAAAAUGCAUGAAACAUUUUUUAUUAUUAUUUUAAUGAUUAGCCAUCAGUCUGGGCAUUUUAAAAGAAAACUUUUUAUUGAAGCAAUUCAUAUUAGAAUUACUCGAGUUUUGCUAGUCAACACAAAUUGAUCCCUCCAGAAAUCUAUGUCAGUUGUGAUUCAGUGAAUAGGAAUUUUCCUAAGUUUAAUUUUGUAUUCUUCAUAAGGAAAAUUGUCAAUGUUUUAUAUUCUGUUAAACUUUGGAACACAGACAACUAUAGAACAUUAAUUUUUGUGAAAGGGAUAUAUCUGUGGUGCUGUGAUUGAAAAUUAAAUGUCUAAUUGUAAACUUGUAUGGUAUUUAUAAUAGAAUUGCCUUGAGAUGAACA